AUGAUAUCGAGAACACUCAAAUUAUACAAAUUCUCAACCAAAAUCCCUACAGGCGUCUUUGAUUUUGCCAAUGUAUAAUAAGGAUUGACUGCUCCUUCUAGUAUUAUGGUAGAAGACUUAAUUACAAGAUUCUCUGCAUACACUCCUACCAACAUGUACAAUUCAUUAGAUGAAUACUCAAGAGAAUUACUACUUUAUUUGGCUAAUGAUUUAAGUUGGGGAAUGGGAUGGGGAAUCUUAGCAAUAUCAAUGGGUAUCAAGAUUGCAUUUACACCUCUAAUGUUUUCUGCAUAAUUAAAUGCUUGUCGUAUGAAAUUAAUCGAACCUGAAUCCAAAAACUUCUAAAACAUGAUUUAACGAGCAAUGAGAGCUCAGGACUUCAAAGCUAGCAGAGCAGCACAAAAAUAAUUUAAACUUUUUAAAAGAAAGCAUAACAUCAAUAUGCUUAUUCCAGGAUUAUCCAUAUUACAAAUGCCCUUCCUAUUCACAUGGUUUUUAUCAUUGAGAUAUGUCUGCUCAUUGCCAGAUAAAUACGAGGACCUUAAAAGCCAAGGAUUUUUAUGGUUCUAAGACCUAAGCGAGUAUGAUCCCUAUGGAAUCUUGCCAAUUAUGAGUUCCGUUUUCACAUUUUGGAACAUCUCUUUGAAUCCCAACAUGUAAUCAUAAUCUACUGUUCCUUUUGCUAAGUAUUAUCGAUAUGUAAGGUUCUUACCUUUCUUUUCUAUUCCUGUUGUUAUCUUUUUCCCUGCCGGCGUUAAUCUUUAUUGGUGCUCCUCAGCAUUUUGCCAUUUAAUUAUUACAGCUCUAGCAAGACAAGAGAAAAUCAGAAAAAUAUUUGGAAUUCCUAAAUACCUACCAGGCACUCUUUUAGAGAGGUAAAAUAAUAUGAAUAUCUAAACUAUUGUUAAAGCUGUUGUUCAAGAUAGAGCUGAUUUAAAUAGUGAUGUUGCAACAACAACAACAACAACAACUACAACUAUAAAUCCCCCAUAAAAGCAAGUUUAAACUGAUGCUUAACACAUUAUGCAUGAAGCUAAAUCUGGAGAACAGAAAGUUAAGAUAUUUUCAAGCAAGCCAAAAAAGUCAAAAUGAGGUUUAGAUAUACGUAAACGUUUAUAUAAAUUAU